AUGGCACCAACAAAGCAACCAUCCAAGCGAAAAAAUGUGACAACAGCUUGCCUCUUUUGCCGCGAGAGUAAAGUAAAGUGUGAUGGAGCCCGGCCUAACUGUUCGAACUGCGAAAUUAAAGGCAAAUCAUGCUAUUAUCAACUGGGGAUUGACAAGCGAAAAUUAUCUUUACGGCUUGCAGUGGAUCUCCUUGUGAAACGGGUGGGCCAACUAUACCAAUUCAUCAAUGAUCAAGGGUUUAGACCGCCGCCGAUGUCCGAGGAGGACGACUCGGCUUUGCGGGAAUUACUGCGCACGCGUGGAUUGGAAAACAUGCAGUCGGCCCUACAUGAAGCAGAGAACAACCAAAAGGAUAUCCAAGAAUCGAGAAUUCAUCAUGACCCAUCACCAGAUAGAGAAGGCGAACUUUCUUUUGUCGACGAUUUCAACCCUGAGCUCGUGGACCCGAGCCUUUUUAUACUGUCCCUUCCGGAAGUGAUUAAAGAUACAUCACCAGAUCCGCAUAACACGCAAUCUGCUUCAUCUCAGCCAACAACUUCGGGAGAUAAUACCAUCAGCAAUAGCGAAGGGGUGGAAGAACUGGUUACCCAAUUAUCGGAUCGAAUGGGUAGUCUGCAGAUCGGGUCCGAUGGACACGUUCGAUACUAUGGUCCGACAUCCCACUUUAACCUGCUGAGAAUGCCCACUCCGGACAAUUUGACUAUCCACCGCACGAUUCGACAGGAUGGGCCAGAUAUUCUGGACCGCCUAGGAGUGGGAAAGGAUAUCCCUACAGGAUUUGAAGAGCAUUUGAUUAACCUUUAUUUCACGUGGCAUAAUCCAUUAUCUCAAGUAGUAGACAGGGAGAUGUACGAAUCAGCAAGGCAGAAGUGGCAUACAAAGAUGGAAGACACACCCUACUAUUCUGAGUCUUUAACUAAUGCAAUGUGUUGUCUCGGGGCGGCAUUUGAGCCUCGUUAUCAUCCCAACUUCAUCACGUAUCCCAGAUCAGUUUCUGACUUCUUCGCUGAUCGUGCUAAGGCGCUUCUAGAGAUUGAGCUGGACUCACCGACCGUGGCGACUGUUCAGGCAAUGACAGUUCUAAGCGCGCAUGAUGUUGGAUGCAAGAGAAACGCCAGAGGGUGGCUUUACAGUGGAAUGGCCAUGCGUUUGGCCUUUGAUUUGGGAUUGCACAUCGAUAUGGCACCACAUGUGACCGAGAGAUUGAUCAACGAAGCUGAGGCAGAGCUUCGUCGCACAGUAUUCUGGGGGACUUUUACAGUUGAUCAUCUCUGGGGCUUUUCCCUUGGCAGACCCGUUCGAAUUAACAUGGAAGACGUCACAGUCGACAAGCCAGGUCGCAAUCAGACGAACGAUUCUGACCGAAAAUGGGCCCCCUAUGGUCUUCCUUGUCCACCACCCUCUUCCUUGGCUGCUUCUGUUCCUGAUCCGGUUGAUAUUCUUAGCCAACAUCGGAUUCAGCUCUGCGAGAUAAUGACUCCACUCGGCCAUGUCCUUUACGGGUGCUCCCGAGUCUCAAAGCGUGCACUGCAGGGAUUGAAUGAGAAUACAACUGGCCGACUCCUAAAAUGGAAAGCCAACCUGCCUCAAUCCCUACAGGUCGAUCUCGAGAACCCCGAUACCCCUGCUUUGCCUCAUAUCCUACUUCUUCAUAUGCAGUAUCACCAGGCAAUCAUCCACGCGCAUCGCCCCUGGAUUUCAAAACGCUAUAUCCAACCACAGCCACCACAAGGCCCAGGACAUGUACACGCCCGGACAAUGUGUAUUGAAUCAGCAAUCGCCAUAUCCCAACUACUCCAUCUCUACGAGACGCAAUAUGGUUUCCGACGCAUGAAUGUUCAAGCCGUCUCGAUCACCUGUUCCGCCGCUCUAAUGCUCAUCUUUGCCACAAUCGCAAGUCUCCAGCCCGAGGGAGACCAAGAAAUCUCUGCGUACCUAAGCGUGUGCUUCCGAGCACUAGAAGAUUUCGGGAUAUCUUGGGAAAGCGCGAAGAGAGCGCAGAACUUUCUGAUCAGUUUGCAGAGACGGUGGGAAUCCCGCAUCCGGUCGUAUAACUCUGCGAAGCGUGCGCAUUUGAGGCACCUGACAUAUGCCUUGUGA